AUGUCGCCCUACAGGCUUAUAUUUGGCAAGAUGUGUCAUCUCCCUGUCGACAUUGAACAUAAGGCUUAUUGGACGGUAAAUGAGAUGAAUAUGAAGCCCCAAGCAUGUAAGGAGGAAAGGAAGUUUCAGUUGCAAGAAUUAGAGGAACUUAGACUGGAGUCGUAUGAUGCUGUCAUGUGGUACAAGGAGAAAACCAAAAUGUGGUAUGACAAAAACCUCCGGGUCAAGGAAUUGCAGGUGGGACAGAAAGUUCUGUUGUUUCAAUCAAGACUCAAGCUGAUGCUGGGAAAGUUAAAAUCUAAGUGGACGGGACCCUACACCAUCGUUGUCGUUCGAGCAAAUAGAGUAGUGGAACUUCAAGGGAGUGAUCCUAACUCUACUCCUUUUAUGGUUAAUGGUCACCAUGUUAAACCCUUUGGGGACAACUCGGAAGUGCGUACAGUGGAAGAAAUUUCACCGUGCACAAUCGAUGUUCUCGCCUAA